GAAGUCUACAGAGCAAGGGGAUUCCCCGAGGGAAGUUCCCAACUCAACCAGGCUAUGUAAAACGUACACUGCCAUAUCCUCUCCGGCGCUUCUUAACUUUGCAUCUGAAGAUAGGCGACGACGCUGCGGUGGUGUCAAAACAAUAAAUUCGACUUUAUACACUUUACUCGAAUGAAGGGCUCAUGUCUGCUGUGUCAGUGAUGAUUGUGGAGCACACGGCAUGGAAAGGAACAUCGGAGACCAGCUCAACAAAGCUUUCGAAGCUUAUCGCCAGGUCUCCAUUGAAAAGGACAAUGCUAAAAAGGAGCUCCAGCAAAUGACUGAAUAUUAUGAGCGAUACACUCAAAAACUUCAAAAGCAGAUAGAGGACCAGCAGCAGCUCAUUUCAAAACUUGAAGCUAAGUUAUCAGCAACAAGGCAACCAUCAGGAGAGAUGAAAUGUGAGCCCUGCAACCAUCUCCUUGAUGGGGCCAGCGCUUAUAGGAAAAUACAGUAUCCGGAGAAUAUGGGCACUGUUGCUGUUGCUCCUAAUAUGCCAGUCAACAGCAGCGUUGACUAUCAGGAUAUGCUGGACGCGUUUGAAGCAAUUCAAGGGAAAUUCCGGCAGAUCCGUUCUCUAACCAGAAGGCAAAAAGAUCACCUAAAAAGAUUCCAUGGAGGAAAUGAUGCAUCAAACGAUCAGCGGUUCUCCAUGCCCAUCCAGUGCACAGACCGUACAGAAGAGGCAGAGAGACCCUUUUCCUCAGCGCUAAGGUCAGCAGUGGAUAUCCCACUUCCGCCCACGUCUCUGGCGUCCCGCGGCGCCAGCCCUGAGGACAGGGACUUAGUAGACUCUCUCACCAAACUCAGUGUCAAAUUCCCACCCCCUGCGGACAGCGAAUAUGACUUCCUGAACAGUGCUCCAGAGAGACACAUUGGUCUGACCAUGCCCACGAAGCGGCCUCUCAGUAGUGUCCCCUCCACAUUGCCAGAGGAGGAGCCCGUGGAAUUGCCCAUGCCUUUUGUCUACCCUACAUCCCCCUCCCACUCAACAUCAUCUUCACUCUCCCAGGAGAGCGUGCGGGGACCCCAGCAGUCUCUCUGGAGCCCUGAGCUGUGUGAUGCAGUUGACGUGGGGACAGAGCUGGCGACGACUCAGAGCAGCAGUCCUGAUAAAUGUGCUUUCUGCUACGCUGAGGUUCCUAAGGACCGAAUGAAAAGCCACCUCUACUCGCAUUGUUCUUCUAAGAGUGAAGCCGACAAUUGACAUUGGAAGCAGAGACUGAUGGGCCAAGGCCACAACUACUCCAAGACUUACUGUAUUCAUGGUCUAGUCCUGCCUGCCAUGAAGUAUAUGCGCUGUACUGGAUUUGAAAUUACACUGCAAUAAGACUUGAAUCCAUUUAUUUAAUACUGAAGAAUUGAAUGGUACACUUUCUUUCCCAUUAUAUUUUUCUAAUAUCUCGCUGAGACUUUACUUACUAAGUGACGAUAAUGCAUAAUAUGGUAUAUAUGAGCAAAUAAAGCCGACAUUUACUCUUGCAACAUUUUUUUUAUUUGAAUCGUUUUCAACCUCCAUAUGAAACAGGCUGAGAUACUCUUAAGUGUAGCACAUGUUUAAAGACAUACGUUGGACAAGAUGUGUAUUGACUUUCUUUCUGUAACAUGUUUAUACAUUUUUAUCUGCAACAAUUUGCAUUAAUAACAUGCAACAGUUUUCUUUUAGAAAGACAUUCAUUCUUAGGCAAAUGGUGAUUUGCUUUCUAUAAAACACCCAUGCCUCCUUUUCAUGUGUUUGUGUUUAACUUUGAAAUCAUUUUAAAAGUUAGUAUGCCAGGUGUUCAUUAAAAUUAUCUCCGCAGAUGGCAACACAUACCAUUAGGAACACGUUCAUUGUUCAAUUAGAUGCCCAAUUACCUUGCUAUUUUUACAGUAAUUAUUUUACUUUAGGCAAUAUUAUACUGUAUUUAUUGUAUUAACAUGUAUUUUAAUGGACAAAUGAACAUGCUUUUACUCCAGUAAUGCUAUGCAAAGUGAUAAAAUGAGACAUUCUAGGUGUUCCAGUUUCACAUAACAUUAUCGGCAUAUAAUAAUUAAAUAUUAUAUAUAUUAUAUAUAUGUAUAUAUAUAUAUCUAUAUAUUAAUAAUUAAAACAAAAUGUUAAAGAGACUGUACCUUGACACAGGUAAUCGCAAUUUGGAAAUAGAACUGAUGACAUUUCAGGCAGCAACUGUCCACUGUGUGAAAGGACAUCUUUUACAAUAUGUACGCUGCGUAUUUUGUCUUUUGUAAACAGCAGCAUCAGCUUUUGACUUCUGCAGUAUUUAUUCACACCUUUGCAAACAAUUGCAAUGAUUUUCACCCUUCAGUGUGAUGAUGUUUGAGGAAACAGGGACACUGUGUGUGUUGGAACACUUCGUUGUGCAGAAAGAACCUUACAGCUCUUCAGCUAUGGGCUGGUAACACUUUUGCUGGGUAGAUGAGCUGGUGUGAAGACUGCAAACAAGCUUUUUUUCUCUCUUUACAAGUGGUCGGCAUCAUAACUCACUUUUCAUGAUCAAAUACUGCUUAAUAGACUGAUUGGUUUGUUAUCUCAACCUGAACUGAUAGUUGGCGCUUGGCAUUUCACUGUGUUUCAUAAAUAGCUCAGAAGGGUGUAAUAAAUGUGAUGUAGUAAUGCUAUCAACUAUUCCCAACUAGUGAGUCAUUAGACUAAGAUAGACACAACACAUCAUCUACGUGAAGGAAAGGAGUGAUCAUACUUGUCAUUUGGUGU